AUGAGACUCUUAGUGGUUUGUUUAAUUUUAACCGCUUGUAUAAUAUUUAUACAAGCGGCACCAACUGACGAUAAUGGACCAGAAGAACCACCAAAAAGGCGACCACAUGCUCGAAGACCACUUCCUUCUAGAAGUAAAUCAAAAAAUGUGGAAGAAAAGGAAAUCCAAAAAAAUGAAGAAAAAGAAGAUCCUGUAAAGAAAGAUGAUACUGAAAAUUCAUCGUCAAGUGAUAAUGAAACUACUGAAAAAUCAACAAAACCUUCAAGACCAACAAGGCCACCACCAAAACAUUUUCGUCCAUUACCGAAACUUUUAAAAAAAAUGGAUCCAAAAUUAGAAGAAAGAGUAGAUUCACCAGAAGCAGAAAAACCACCACCAGAUAAUGAUAAAAAAAAUGAAGAAAAAGAUAUGAAACCUGCACCACCAAAACCACCACCAAAGCAUUUUCGUCCAAGGCCACCAAAAAGAUUAGGCAAACCAACAGAAAAUGAAGGUGAAUCCAGUGCUGCAACAAGUACAACUACCGAAGCACCUAAAGAUCAACCAGAAACAAAAAAACCACAUAAAUCUAAACGUCCAGGACUUCAGUCUAGAAGAGGAAAAGGAAAACCAACACCUCCACCAGAAGAAGAAGUUUCAUCAACUUCUGCAAGCACAACAACAACAACUACUACAACCACGACAUCUACUACAACGACUACUACCAGUACUACACCUGCACCAGAAAUUUCUUCAACAACAUCAGCUUCCAUAGAUGCUAUUUCGUCAUCUUCUACAACAUCAACUGAAAAUUCUAGUCCCGAAACAAAUUCAUUAAGUAGCUCAACUACAGAACCAUCAAAAGUAGAGGAGAGCAGUAGUUCUCUUGCUCCGUCAAAACCAACAACUUCAAAACCCUCUGAGGACUUAAAACCAAACUCGGCAAAAGAAGAUGAUUCACCAAGUGAACCAGCUGAUGAACCAGAGGAAUAA